AUGAGAGAAGUUAUUAGCAUACAUGUAGGUCAGGCAGGUAUUCAAAUAGGAAAUGCUUGCUGGGAAUUAUUUUGUUUAGAACAUGGAAUUCAACCAGAUGGUCAGAUGCCAAGUGAUCAGGUAGUAGCAGGAGGAGAUGAUGCAUUCAACACAUUUUUUUCAGAAACAGGAGCAGGAAAACAUGUCCCACGUUGUGUAUUUGUUGAUUUGGAACCCACUGUUGUUGAUGAAGUAAGAACUGGAACUUAUCGUCAAUUAUUUCAUCCUGAACAAUUAAUAUCAGGAAAGGAAGAUGCAGCAAAUAAUUUUGCUAGAGGACAUUAUACUAUAGGCAAAGAAAUUGUUGAUAUAUGUUUAGAUAGAGUCAGAAAAUUAGCUGAUAAUUGUACAGGAUUACAAGGAUUUUUAAUGUUUAAUGCAGUAGGAGGAGGAACAGGAAGUGGUCUUGGAUGUUUAUUAUUAGAAAGACUAGCAAUUGAUUAUGGAAAAAAAUCCAAAUUAAAUUUUUGUUCUUGGCCAUCUCCUCAAGUAUCCACUGCUGUAGUUGAACCAUAUAACUCAGUUUUAUCAACACAUUCUUUAUUGGAACAUACUGAUGUUGCUAUUAUGCUUGAUAAUGAAGCUAUUUAUGAUAUAUGUAAAAAAAAUUUAGAUAUAGAAAGACCAACUUAUACUAAUUUAAAUAGGCUUAUAGCCCAAGUUAUUUCAUCUUUAACUGCAUCAUUAAGAUUUGAUGGUGCAUUAAAUGUUGAUGUAACAGAAUUUCAAACUAAUUUAGUACCUUAUCCUCGAAUUCAUUUUAUGCUUUCAUCUUAUGCUCCUAUUAUAAGUGCAGAAAAAGCAUAUCACGAACAAUUAUCAGUAUCAGAAAUAACUAAUUCAGCAUUCGAACCUGCUUCUAUGAUGGCUAAAUGUGAUCCUAGACAUGGUAAAUAUAUGGCUUGUUGUUUAAUGUACAGAGGAGAUGUCGUACCAAAAGAUGUAAAUGCAGCUGUUGCUACUAUAAAAACAAAGAGAUCAAUUCAAUUUGUUGAUUGGUGUCCUACUGGAUUUAAAUGUGGUAUUAAUUAUCAACCACCUACUGUUGUUCCAGGAGGUGAUUUAGCAAAAGUUAUGAGAGCAGUUUGUAUGAUUAGUAAUUCUACCGCUAUUGCUGAAGUGUUUUCAAGAAUGGAUCAAAAAUUUGAUUUAAUGUAUGCAAAAAGAGCUUUUGUUCAUUGGUAUGUGGGAGAAGGAAUGGAGGAAGGGGAGUUUAGUGAAGCAAGAGAAGAUUUAGCUGCCUUAGAAAAAGACUAUGAAGAAGUUGGUAUUGAAUCAAAUGAGGGUGAAGGAGAAGAUGAAGGAUAUGAAUAA